UCUUUUUUUUUGAAAAAAGAAAGCACCGCCGUGAGCUCCGGAGCUUCGAGAAUCGUUUUCGCCUGUCGUCGGACCAUCGGUCGAAGUCACCACGAACAAGGCAACAACCGCGCGCGCUAGGGUUUUCAGGCGGAGCUAAAGAUGGACCCGCCUCCGUCGACGAGCCACAGCCGUUCUCCGGGACCGCCGGCGGCGGCGGCGACGGCGAUCACCGACGUGGACGUCGACGCGCUGGCCCACUGCGCGGAUCACUUGACGCUGCAGGAGGUGUCGAACAUGGCGAUGUCCUGCAGGUUCCUCAGGCGCGUCGCUUACUCCGAUUCCGUCUGGCACCGCCUGUAUAGGGAGAAGUGGCCUCGACAAGCAUCCGCCAGCUUUGCAACAGGGAUUAGGAGAGCAUAUUUGGACAGACUUUCUGUGCUGCAGCAGUUUAAAUUUGUUGAUCCCUUGGUUAUUGACUACUUGACAGAGGCUACAUGCAAUGCUAUCUUAUUGGAGAAGAACAACGUGGUUCUAGCUCAGGGUUCAACUUUACGAUUUAUGAAGUUCGAUAUCUCUCUCAGACAAUGGGAAUCUGUUAUUGCACUAAAUGAUCACAAUGCAAAAGUUACUUGUAUGAGACUUUUUCCCCUUAGUGUAAUUUCUUCGUCCCGAGGUGAGAUGGAGAGUCAGGAAAGUGCACUGGUGACAUCAAGCUGUGAUCAUUCCAUUCGGCUAUGGUGGAAGGGUGCAUGCCAAUGGUGUUUUAGAGGUCACAAUGGCCCAGUUUUAUCCCUGUCAAAUAAAUUAAUAGGUGAAGGGAAGGGUAGAGUAUUGGCAAGUGGAGGUGACGACGGCACUGUUCGGUUUGGUCCCUUUCAAGUGGGAAACGUGGACAGCAAGCUUUAAAGACCACAUUUUACGGGCAUGAGAAGCCAGUCAAGUUUAUUUCAGUUGCUGGGCACAGGACUUCUCUUUUGGUGUCUAUUUCAAGUGAUUCUAAGAUAAGAGUUUGGGAUGCAAAUGCAUCAUCUGCUGUUCGUUCAUCAUGCUGCGUUGGAAUGGCUUCUGUUUCUGGUGCGCCUGUAGACAUGAAGUGCCAUGAAUCACUGCUCUAUGUGGCUGCUGGUUAUCGUGUUGCCAUUAUAGACUUAAGGACAAUGCAAAUAGUUAGCACUGCAGGAACUUCCCAAACAGGCUUGUAUUCAUUUGAAAUUAUUCCUUCAAAGUCGUUAAUCUGUACGGGUGAGACUGGGAGGUUAGUUUUUUCUUGCAGUGGUAGUUUUUUUUAAUGAGCUGCACUUUACUUGUAUGGUGUAGAAUCAUCCACACUGAGGGAUAAUGUUGUAAUUUAUCCAGAGCACUUCGCUUUAGCAGUUGUUUCCUUUGAUCCAAUAACUUGCAAAUAUUAAGCAAUCUUCAUAUGUUUAUUUUGAUGAUAAGCUGCAUAUCUAUUUAUGGGAUUUGGGAAGCUAAAACAACUGGACAUCCUCAGACCAGUUAGAUUGAACACAGGUGCAAUACUUUUAGGUUGUUGGAUAGACUGUACUUUCAUCAAGAGUAAACAAAGCAUGCACCAUUGAUUGCACCUACUGGAAAAAUGUCUCUUGUUUUCUUCAACAUUGUCUUCCAAUGAGUUGCCCAGGUACUCUGAGCUCAUUUUUGGUUGGUGAAAUGGAUUAGGAAACAAUGAAUAAAAAAAAAGUUUUCGACAAACAUGCGCGUUCCCAUGCCAUAGUUGAAAAUAAUAUCUGCAACAGUAGUUGGAGCUAUUCUGAUGGUCCCCUAAUUUAAUGGCCCAGGCUCUUUUAUUUAUUAUUAUUUUAUUUUUUUGGAGGGUGGGGGAGGUUUUUUGGUUAGGGUGGGGUUGUUUUGCCAGGGCUGGGCCAUAAGCUGCAGUUAACGAACCUGACAGUUUAUUCCUGAAAAUCAGUAGUAAACUGGGAAUGAACUGUCAAAGACAAUUAUGGCAAAGAAGAUUAAAAAAUACCCCUCGUAUGGAAACUUUUCCUAUUUAAAGUUUGUUUUCAACUUAAUGGUUCUAGUGCUCUGAAAGCAAGCUGUUUGUGAUGUUGUAGGGCAAUGCUUUGGGAUGUCAGAAAGAACCAGGGCCAAAGUAAAUUGGUGGCAAUAGCUGAGCUGGAUGGACAUUCAGGUCCUGUGGAGCAUUUGCAUAUGGAUUCAUACAAGAUAGUUACAGGAAGCCAAAAAGAUAAUUAUGUUAAUGUUUGGGAAGCUGACUCUGGUAAUCAAGCAAACUCCUUGAUUUGUUGUAGCCCGGAAGAAGUGGGUGGCACCUUUGGAUGUUCGGCCAUUGCUGUAGAUGGUUGCCGAAUCGUUACUGCUGCUUCUGGCCUUGAAAAUGGACUUGUGCGCUUGAGGGACUUCACAUUUGCAGACCACCCGGUUUCACAAUAUGAGGAUGAGGGCACAUCAAAAUUUUGGCAGCCAAAUUCUUAUUCGGAUGAUGAUGCCUGAGGAGUUAUGUGGUGGCUGUAAACAUAGAUAUCUAUAUGUGGAAUGCUACCAUGGUAAGGAAAACAUAGUGAACCUUUAUGUAUGUUUUUGGCAACCAAAUUCCUAUUUGGAUGAUGAUGCCUGAAGUGGUUAUGUCGUAAUCCUGUAUAUAGAUACCUACACGGGGAAUACCCUUGGGAAUUUCAUAGUGAACUGUCAUGUAUCUUUUCCUGUCACGAAAGUAUAGUGAACUAUUGUGUAUCUUUUCCUGCA